AUCAAAACUAAACCUUGAACAGUUAAUUGUGAUUCAAUAUUCAAUCAAUUCAUUAGAGAAUAAGAUAAAUGUUGAUAAGUGAAAACAAAACUUUUGACAGUUGGAAAAAGUUUCAUAAAAGUUAAUCAAGUUAAGCUCAUGCUCAUGAUGAAACCCAAUGAAUUUGAAUCAACAAUGACAAAGGUUACUCAGAGUGCGCAGUUAACAUGAUAUAAUAUGAGAUAAUAUUGGUUUCUCAUUCAGAAUCAACUGAACUUUCAACUAGAAGAUGAAAUAUAUCAUCACAAUGGUGAAAAAAGUUUCAGUGAAAAAACAACAACAACAACAAUCAACUAACAAUCGUUAUCAUGAAAUAUUGAAUUAUUAUCAACAAUAUCUAAUCUAAAAUGUGAAUUAAUCCAAGAUUAAAUUAGUUAAUCAGAUGUGUUGGAUUUAAAUUUUGAAAGGACAAUUGAAAAUGAGAGAAAGUUUAAUUUCAAAUUGUUACAAAGUAAAUGGAUUAACCAAUUCACCGUUGGCAGAUAAUCAAAAACGGGUCACCAAUGGAUAUUUAUUGACUAUUAUUGUAUUUAUAUUGAAUUUAUCAUCAACUAAUCAUCAAGUUUCAUGUCGAGGAGGAGCAAUUACAAGAGGUUCUGGUGGAGCUAAAGGUCCACAUCGUCGUUACAACGAAAAUGAAGAAACCGACACAUUGGGUGUAGUUCUGGUUGUGAUACUUCCGGUUGCUCAGAUGAUCGCAGUUCUAACGAUAAUUGUUUUACUACGAAUUUGUUAUCGUCGCUAUUGUUUACCAAAUGGUCUUAACAAUACAAACUAUAAAAUACCAACAAGUGGACCAACAACAUCGUCACUUUUGCCAUCGAUAAAAUCACCACUACAACGAACAGCGUCCAUUACAAAUACCACAACGAAGCAAAAACCGUCCCAAUAUUGA